UUGCCCGGCACACGUGUCUUUCUUGCGAUCCUCCUGCCUUGCAUAUUUACUACUGCAAAAUGAAUUUCGAAGAAGAUUUUAACUUUCCUGCUCACAUUCUCACCUUAACCUCCUCCACGGACCUUGAAUUAUCACGCUUUAUAUCAAAAUGUAUCGCUCAUCUGAAGCAACACGGGGAUUCCGUCGAUCUGAAAAUGUUCACCCAUUCCAUGAACAAUUUUCCUCCUCCGAUGAAUUCCCACUAUCGGGUCGCCGUGGUGGCCAAGACUGUACCGGAAAUGGUGCAAAAAUUGGAGAAGGGUGCCUACCUUAAGGGGAAAGUUGUCCAACCGGAAGUAAAGCCCAAGAUUUGCUUCCUAUUUCCGGGAUAUGGAACGUGCCCUUACAAACAGGGGCAUGAGUUGUACACCAGCUUAAAAGUUUUUGAGGACAUGAUGGUCCAAGCGGAAGAUUCGGUGAGGCGUGAAAUUCCGGAAAUUUCAAUUCUCGACGCGCUCUACGGAGAGGACAGGGCGCUCCUGAACAAUCCGGUGCAUGCCCUUAUUCCCCAACUUUUCUUGAGUUAUGGAAUUUUUAAGGUCUGGGAAAGUUUUGGAAUCCACCCCGACUACGUUUUAGGCCACUCCAUGGGCGAUUAUGUGGCCGCAGCGGCCGCCAACAUCAAUCACAUGAUGACCGACGUGGUACAGAUUUGUUGGUGGUUUUCGCAAAACGUGGAUCAGAUCAAGGACGGCGAAAUGGCCGUCGUUCUGCAGGAGGAGGACAUGAUCCACGGCCUUCUCGAGGAAGAAGAGGGCGCAGAAUGGUUAGACUUUUCAUCCCACAAUACGAAAUACCAACACGUGGUGGGCGGCACGUUCAAAGCGAUGCAAGGUUUUAAGGAAACGUGUAAAAGCUUGAAAAUCCCGUGUUUUGAGAUGACCUUGAAAAAACCGUUUCAUACGAGGGGCGUUCAACCCGUGAUCAAAGCGUUGGCCGAGACGGUGACAAAAUUCAAGUAUGGCGCGCCAACUACCAAAUUUGUGUCGUCCUACACGGGAAAUAUUGAAGAUUCGCUAAAUGCGGCCACCUGGACAAACCAUUUCCGACAACCGGUAAAUUUCAAAAAAGCCUCCGAAACCGUGGUGUCCGAAGGGGUGAACGUGUUCGUCGAAAUGGGGGCAGACACCCCACUGGGCUCGAUGAUGAAAGAGAACAUGGAGACCAACGCGGACUUCAAGAAGAAAAUCGAGGCCGGUCAGUACCACUGGUUACCAUCCAUCACCGGAGCUGCGACCGAGUUUGAAACUCUUCUGAACACUUUUGCGCAACUUUUUGUCUUAGGCUGCCCCGUAAAAUGGACCGGAUUGUAUGGAAGCUUUAACGUCAAGCAUUUCGACACGACCUGGCUGCACGAUGAUAAUCGGAAAGAUCUGAUUGAGGAAUUCCUCGUAGAUUUGGAGAAGGCUGGAAAACCAUGCAUUUUCCGAUAGUUCAUGCAUAUUUCUAAACAUGCACUCUAAAUAAAGUUGUGUAAAAUUUGAGAUCAAACAACCGGUCGUGUGCACAAAUUUUUUACAAGAUGAAAGUAAUUUUUAUCUGAAAUCAUAAUUGACAGAAAAUCGUACAAAUUUGUAUAAAUUUUAAAAUUCAUAGUGUAACGUUUAAACAGACCGUUGCUGCGUAAUUGAUAAUUUUACACAACCUUGAGUAAAUUGUAAUCAAAAUUAUUUAGAGUGAAGCUAAAAAAACAAUAAAAGGUUUGAGAACGAUUAGAUAAAACAAAUACAGAAAAGUUGAAUUUUCACGUAUUUUUACAUUCUGAUAUUCUGAAAUAAAGCAAAAUUAAUAGUAGCUUAGUUUUAGAAGAACUGUCAAUUUUCGUAAAGUAUGUAUACAAUUUCGAGUAAAUAUCAAAAUUCAUGAUAAAUACAAUCUGUACAUUGAAAUACCUAUUAUGCAAUCGUUGGAAUUGUAUAAUUAUACUUUUCUUUGUAUAAAAUCUACAUAUAAAAUAUGUCUAAUUUUAAUGCAUACUUAUGUAGACUAUAAAAUUACUUGUAUGCGUCCAGAAUUAUGCAACCUGGUCACCAAAAAUAUUUUUUUACAAAAAUCGAAAUUUAUUUCACCUGACCGCCAAUGUUUACGUCAAAAUUAAUUUGUAUAAAUAUGAUGCCCUUUUAAAAUACUCAAUUCCUCCAAAUUUUGUCGCUCCAGUUUUAAAUUGAAAAUAAAUAAAGCCAUUUACACAAU